GCGGCUAAUGACAGGUGACACUUCCGGGAUCAUGGCCGCUUGGAGAGCAGUAUUCCCAGUUCUGUUGCGGAGAUUGGGGACUGUAGGACCUGGAAGGGGCAGAAGGUCAGUCAGUGCAGUCCGACUUGUAGGAGCUGGUCUGGCCGUUGGAGGGACGGUGUGUUCCGGUGCGCUGCUCCUCACAGGGACGAAGCUACGAGGGAUUGAACGGCUGACGGUGUUGGCACAGAAAGAAGAUGCCAAUGAUGAGGCAAAAGAAAAUCAGUCAAUUAGAAAGCAGCGCUUCAUGCAGUUUGCAUCUCUGGUGUAUGAAGGAGAGUACUACAUGACCCCAAGGGACUUCCUCUUCUCUGUCAUGUUUGAGCAGAUGGAACGUAGAACUUUAUCGAAAACUCUAACAAAAAAGGAGUUAGAUGCUAUGUUGUCCCAAGCAACAAAGGCCAAGCCGGGAUCCACAUUUUUUCGAGAUCUUGGAGAUAAAGGGCUGAUUUCUUACACCGAAUAUUUAUUCCUGCUGACAAUUCUCACAAAGCCACAAACUGGUUUCGGCAUAGCAUUUAAGAUGCUGGAUACCGAUGGCAACGAGCAGGUUGAGAAGAGAGAGUUUUUUAAGUUACAGAGAAUUCUUGGGCACAAAGAAGACAUGAUGAUGGGCCCUGGAGGUGUAACAUCUACACAGGAACCGUCUUCAGACAGCUCUGAUGUCAAUACAACAUUGCUUGUCCAUUUCUUUGGCCGUGGAGGGAGAGAGAAGCUGCAGUACUCAGAAUUUUACAAAUUUAUGGAAAAUUUACAAACAGAAGUGCAAGAAAUGGAAUUUAUUCAGUUCUCAAAAGGCCUGAACUUUAUGAGGAAAGAAGACUUUGCAGAGUGGCUGCUUUUUUUCACGGACGAGGAGAACAAUGACAUGUACUGGCAGAACGUACAGGCUCGGAUCCCUCCCGGAGAGAGUAUCAGCAUGGAUGAAUUCAAGAGUUUCUAUUUGUUUAUGAACAACCUAGAAGACUUCUCCAUAACAAUGAAAAUGUUCAGUAGUGCAAACAGAGCUAUAAAGAUGGCCGAAUUUAAAAGGGCAGUGAAAGUGGCGACGGGCCAAGAGUUAUCAAACAAUGUGUUGGAUACGGUCUUCAAGAUCUUUGACCUUGAUGGGGACAACUGCUUAAGCCACGGGGAGUUUUUAGGCGUUCUAAGGAACAGGCUUCACCGGGGCUUAAAGCACGUGCCCCAGCAGCAGGGUAUACACGGAUACUGGAAAUGUGUCAAAAGAGAAACUAUUAAGGGAGCCAAUGAAGUCUGGAAGCAAACUGGAAAAAGUCCAUUCUAACAUCUCUCCCAAAGAAUUGUUCUGCAUCUGUGCUGGUUGUGGGUUGUGGCUUUACUGGUGUGGAGUUUUCAUGUAUUUCUGUUUACGUAUAUAUCUGUGAAUGUUUACAGAGCCAGCUAAUAACAAGCAUCUCAUGCUAUAUUUACUAUAUAUCCUGCUCCGCUCUGCCUGGGGGUUAGCGCUGAGAGGCUGCUCUCUAUCAGAUGUGCAGGAGUCUACUGGGUGCAGGGGUGCCAUGCUCUACAUAUAAAUAUUUAACAUAAAGUACACACAGAGGUGUAGCAGCUGCAAAAUCAACACAAAUAUGGAAGUCUCACUUCCUAAACACCUACAACUUCUUCUACAACUCUGCGUGAUCUUCCAUCUAUAAAAAAAAGACAAUGCACUACUGCAUAUAGGUUGUUAGGUAAGUCAUCCUCUCAUACUGGCAAUUAUGCUGUUUGUCCCAUUGGAUCAAGUCUCUAGUAACUGCCAACACAAAGGGACCAACAACUCGAGUUUUAGGCUUAUUCUGUGUCGCUAAAAGAACCAAUUUCAUUAUCCGUUCCAGUUCCACGUGCUCCUUUACAGUCUUCAUUUUCUCCCUAGCCCUGAGCUCUGCAUCUCCUGUUCCAUUUUUAUUUUUAUUAAAAAAAAUAAUGUUGGUUUUGAUCAUCUUUAAAACUGGAUUUGGUGACUAAAAUAAUUCUAUAUUUUUUUAUUAUAGGGGUGUCUUUUUAUGAAAACAAAGGAGUAUUCUCUACUUAUUUUUGUAAAACAUAUUAUUUUCAUGAAGGUUAAUUCAAUAAAAUCGGAAUAAUUAUA